UGGCAGGAGUGCGUGAACAACUCCAUGGCCCAGCUGGAGCACCAGGCCGUGCGCAUCGAGAACCUGGAGCUCAUGUCCCAGCACGGCUGCAACGCCUGGAAGGUGUACAACGAACACCUGGUUCAUAUGAUAGAACAAGCCCAGAAAGAGCUUCAGAAGUUGAGGAAAAACAUCCAAGAUCUGAACUGGCAAAGGAAGAACAUGCAGCUCACAGCUGGGGCCAAGCUACGGGAAAUGGAAUCCACGUGGGUGUCUCUCGUCAGUAAAAAUUACGAGAUCGAACGAACUAUUGUGCAGCUGGAAAAUGAAAUCUCACAGAUCAAACAGCAGCACGGGGAAGCAAACAAGGAGAAUAUCCAGCAAGACUUCCAGUGACUUUAUCCUGACUGUCUCACUGCAGCAUGUGUUAAAAAAACCAGUUUGAAGAUGCUGUGUUUUUGGCAGUUGUGUGAGGUUACACAAGUUUCUGUUCUCAUUGUUUCUUUUCCUUGUUUUAAAUUCUAGGAGGAGGUAGAGUGGACUCAAAGUGUCCCGUUUAAAUGACUUAUAGGCACAGUUAAAUGUACUGUGAAUUGUUUCAGUGUUCAUAUACCCAGAGUAGGAGCUCUUCAGAAAACCAGUCCAUGUUUUUGCGUUUCCCCUGUGCCUUUAAUAAAUCUUGGUUUGCUA